GUGACGGUGUUGCAUCAGAUUUUCGAACCCAAGCACUUCGUUUUGCGCCGGAAGCCGGUCAGUUGUCCGUUAGACCACGAGGAGGCCAAAGGUUCCGGCAAAGUGAGGACCCUGCUUGCAUCGAUAGCGUUUUGUACUUUAAAUUUAUUCCUUCUGACUUGAACACCGCUGCUCCGGGACGACGGCGACGACGACAACGACAUGUGCGGUUCGCAGAUCGGCCUUUUUCACUUGCGUUUUGGUCGUCGGCCGAAGACAACGUGUUGACCGCGAGCAGCAGCAGCAGCAGUCAACGUACGACGACACCAGAACCAAGCCACACGGUGUGUGCGCGGGCGAGUGGGUUUCCGUGUCUGUGCGCUUCCGUAGAGUGAGGAAAUUCCGCCAGUGAGGAUGAGUAGCGGCCACUGUGACAGUGCACGAUCAGUCCAAUCUGUAGUAGUUGCGAAGUGAAAGUGCUUCGGGAUCGGGACAGCUGAUAACGUGGCCAUCGUGGGGAUCGCGUUUCAAGAACAAUCUUUCGAACAGCAGCAGCAGCCGCAGUCUCCUUAUCGAUCUCGCGUUCGAUCCGGAGCGAUCGUAGUGUGAUUGGUUGUCGGUGCGCGAUCAGAAAUCGAUCAGUUUCUAGGCAAUUCCCGAACUCAGAGCACACGCGCAAACGGCUGGACGGGACUGGCUCGAAAUCGCUCGUCGAAAUGACGGAGAAUUCGAGAAUCGUAGCGGAUAGUGUAACGCCGGUGAAGAUCGUGGCGGCGAAGGCCGGUGCGAUCACAAAUGGACACCAUCCGCACCUGAACGGUGGUGUGGUUGCGGCGGGAGACAAGAAGACGGCCGCCCCGCUACUCGAUGGAUCGCAAGGUGCCGUACACGAGCCACCGGAUGGUGGUACCCGGGCCUGGUUGGUCAUGGUGGCGGCCUUCCUCUGCAACGGUGUCCUGUUCGGGGUGAUCAACACCUACAGCGUCAUCUACCUUACCCUGCAGAAGCAACUGGACGAGAUCGGUGACAAGGAAGCCUCCAGCAAAGCAGCACUCGUUGGCUCGCUGACCAUCGGCACGACAUUCCUGCUUUCGCCCGUCUCCGGUAUCCUGACGGACAAGAUCGGUCUCCGCCGGACGACCUUCAUCGGUGGGCUGCUGACCUGCAGCGGUAUGCUGCUGUCGUCCUUCUUCACGCACAGCGUCACCGCGCUGUACUUCACGUACGGCAUCAUGUUCGGUCUUGGGGCCGCCCUCGCCUACACCCCCUCCCUGGCCAUCCUCGGCCAUUACUUCAAGCGGUAUCUCGGGUUCGUGAACGGUAUCGUGACGGCCGGUUCGAGCGUCUUCACUGCCAUCAUGCCGCUCUGCCUCGACUAUCUGGUGCAGCACACGGGCCUAGCGACCUCCUUCCGCAUCCUGGCCAUCAUCUCGAGCUUCGUGAUCUUCUGUGCCCUGCUGUACAAACCGCUGCAGCCACCGCCACCGCCACCGAAGAUCAAACCGGGUCGCUCGGCCGCCAACAACUUCUUCCGGUCGUUCAUCAACUUCGACAACUGGAAGAAACGCCGUUACAUCAUCUGGGCCGUCUCGAUUCCGAUCGCACUGUUCGGUUACUUCGUACCGUACGUGCAUAUGGGCAAGUUCGUGAAGGAUAAUUUCCCCGGCAAGGGUGAAAACCUGCCGGUCAUGUGCAUCGGCAUUACGUCCGGGUUGGGCCGGUUGCUGUUCGGUUUUAUCGCCGAUAUGCCACGCGUUAACCGGGUGCUGCUGCAGCAGAUGUCGUUCGUGCUGAUCGGUACGCUGACGAUGUGUCUACCGGCGACCGGAUCCUUCCCGCUCCUCCUUGCCAUCACACUAGCGAUGGGUUUGUUCGAUGGAUGCUUCAUCUCGCUGCUCGGUCCGAUCGCGUACGAUAUCUGUGGACCGCGGGGUGCAACGCAGGCGAUCGGAUUUCUGCUCGGAAUGUGCUCGUUACCGCUGACGCUCGGUCCACCGGUCGCCGGUAUGCUGUACGAUCAUACCGGUUCGUACCAGUUGCCGUUCAUUUUGGCCGGUAUUCCGCCCCUCUUCGGUGCCAGCACGAUGUUCCUGAUACGCUGCGUGAAGGACGAUGAGCCAAAGAAGAAUGCGGUGGCCGAACCGCGGCCCGAACCGCUGGCCCACAAUGCCUGGGAUUGUGAAAAUCAAACCGAUGAAGGCAAACCGCUGAAUGGCGGCGGCGGCGGUCAGGUGCAGCUCGAGCGCCGGGCAACGCUGGCCAGUGCAGAAUCACUAUCCGGGGAUAGGAAUGAAACGGGUUGAAACGGGAGGUGGUAUUAUUGUAGUGCAGAGUACAGGGAAAGGCAGUCAGUACAAGAGCGAAAAACAGGAAGGAGGGGUGCCAACAGAGAGCUGAGCUGAGGUGGCUAUGAGCCCCCUUCGCAAAUCUCUGCUCAGCUCCCGGUAGCUAGUAGGUAGGAAGCCCUAGGAUAUAUAGCUGGGAAGCCGAGGCCGAGGGCCCAUGGAUUCCACUGUUGUGUAGAUACUUAGCAACUAGAUAGCUGCCGCUGCCUGGGGGGGAGGGGUCCCUCUUCCGACCGAGUGGUGGUUGGUCGAUCGGUGUGUUUUGUAUGUUUUGUGUAAAUGAACCAGGAGCCGGAUUCGGAUUCGAUGAAUGCUGUAGCUGAUCAACGGCACUGUCUGCAGGAUGCAUUUCUACCAGAAUACACUGUCCCAGGUACCUGGAGCCAGGGCCUAGCUUUUGUACGAUAUUUAUGUUUUAGUAAAUAGGACGUUAUUCCUUAGGGGAACGCUGGAACGAGAGUUUAGUUUUUUGUACAAAAUAUUGGUUUACAAUAGGAAAAAAAAAAAGAAUCGGUGCAACCGACGGACGGAUGGGAUGUGGUGGAGUCGAGCAGCGGAAUAGAAUCGAAUCUGAAUAAAUUUGUAAAUGAAUACCGCA